AUGGGAAUGCACCGAGAUAGUACGAACGUACAGUUUGAACCUAUCGAAUGCAACACCCGCCGACAAGUCUGGUGGUCCCUCUACAUAUUCGAAAAGACGCUGUGUGGCAUAUUGGGCCGCCCAACAGUGAUUGAUGACCGAGAGAUGUCGAUGAAAGUGCCAGACGCACCAAUGCUAGAGCAGACGCGCAUCACCGCAGCAUUCAUGAAUCUCUGUUCCGACCUAGUGUCCACAUCGUACCGCAUUCGACAACGUGCCUAUUUCGACAAAACUUCUGCCGAAGAACGAUCCCCGACCAUCGCUGUCGCCAUGGCCCUACUUCGGGAGUGCGACAACUUCUUCGCAAAGAUACCUCCGCACAUGUCGAUAGAUCAUAUGCCAGGGCACCCAGAUCUGAAAGCAAUGACAUUAUUGCUGCACGUGUACUAUUACUAUACGCGUUGUGUCAUCUCCCGAGACUUCCUCAUACAGAAAGUGGAAAGCAACGUCUGCUUCCUGGAGAACAAACCGCCCCCAACUUCAGAAGACUGGUCUACGACCCUCAUUCUGGCGGAGGACUGUGUUGAAUCAGUACACAAAAGCCUCCAAUGCAUCACCAUCGGCAUCGAGCUGGGGAUAUUCGAGAUUAUCGGUUACUCCUGGCUAGACUUCUUCUUCGUAUUCCACGCUGUCUUGAUUGUAUGUGCAGACUUUCUUGCGCGACCCAAGGGCCAAACAGAUUCACCGAGGGACGUUGAACGUAAAGCGACGGUGCGGACUGUGCUCGACCAGGUCCGCGGAAUGCAGAAGCUCGCACCUACAUACAAAACUCUUGGCCGCAUUGCGUUGCAAUUUGCCACGAUAACUGGUGUUACUCAGAAUAACGAUUCGCCAACAGUACCGGAUGUGCCACAGGAGGGGUCUCUGGACUAUGUGGUAGACAUGGCGGCCGAUGAAAGAACGGAUAACGCCGACAUACUCGACAUAGGAAACGAUUGGUAUACAGACGCGACGGCCGAUUUGGGAUUAGACUUCUUCGACCUGAGUCAGGCGACACAUCCAGUGUCAUUCCCCAUUAUGGAUCCGCCGACGCGUUCUGAAAACACGGGCGACCAGACAGGUGACGUGGUGGACGAUUGGACGGAUAGGGCGCUAAAGGGAAUGCACACGCUGUAG